GCGUUAUCAGCGGUUGCUGUUCAGUUGGUUCAAAGGACGGCCGAUAGCAGGUAAAAUAUAGCGAUCACGUACCCAUAUCAAUCAACACAACAAAGGAACUACAUGUUAUAUUAAACUGUUUCCGGAAUGUGUCCAACAUGGUGAAAUUCUGCGAAAUGUCCGUGUUUUGCAUUGCUAUAUUUCUUUCACUUCUAGGAUAUUCCGAAUCAGUAAUAUGUUUCCAAUGCGCCGACUCCAAAUUUUUGGGAAAUUGUCAAUCAAAUAUGAAGAAAUUCGAAAACUCUGUGCUGAACUUUCUUCAUGAGAAUGGUACAAUUGGCGGAGAUCACGAUAGGGGCUAUCUCAAAAACUGCACGUCUGAGUGGGGGGAAUACUGCGUGAUUGAACACUACACGGAGAGAAUUACUGGAGAGACACUGUCUUUUAUUCGAGGAUGUUCGAAAGGGAAGACUGAUAUAUCGGUGAGUGGUUUCCAUAAUUUUUCUGCGGACAACCAGACAGCUUGCCAGUAUUAUCCCGACUCCCAGGACCAUUUGUUGGCGUGUAUCACGUGGUGUCAAGAGGACUUCUGUAACGGACCAUUGAAAUAUAUCAAAAUGGUGAAAGAAUAUACUGGAACCAGUUCCUGUUCUUUACUUUAUACACAUAAACGUAUCUACACAUACCUUGUAUUUCUGAUAUCAGGAAUACUUUUACUAUGA